AUGUACCUGUUCAAAACCCAGCUUCAAUCAAAGUCUCACAAACCCCUCACAAUACCUAGGAAAAGAAACUACCCUCACUCGAACAAACAUUACAGCAUAUUCCAUACCCCGAAUCUCGCGACUGCAGGUUAUCAUCCACUUACAGACCUUCCUAUACCAAGUCCCUCAAGCCUAACUGCACCAUGGGCCUUUGCAUGUCUUUCCCACGUCAUCGUCGCUUCGCGCCAGUGGGUGUGGGGGCAUUCGGACCGCCACCCCGGCGGCAUCAUCACAAUGGAGGAAUGGGAAUGGGAGGUGGAUGGGGCGGACCCCCAGGCCCAGGAUUCGGUGGUCGCCGACCAGGCUUUGGCCCGGGAGGUGGCUUUGGGCCUCCAAGAGGUGGACGACGAGGUCGACGCUGCUAAAACUUAG